AUGGCAGUUCUUGACAUCGGGCUCCAAGUCCAGAUACGUGUGGAUGGCCAACCGUUAAAAGAAUAUCGACCAGAAGUCGACGAGGAGUCCAGCUCAGAGAAAAAAUGUAUUCAGUACGUUGAGUGUUUGACCGACAAGGAAUUUGAAAUCAACAUGUCCGUGCUGGAAUUGUACAAGUGGGACAGUCCUGCACUGAAGUGUCGUAUAUACUUGGAUGGAGCUUAUGUCGCAUCUUCAACCCUCCUCCCACAAAGGAAAAUCACGACUUGCGGAGGCUUUACAGAAGACGGGUUUGUCAAGACUUUUGUCUUCUCUAAGAUCAAUACAGUAUCGGACGAGUCUUCCGCCUCAAAUUUCGCCGACGACGUGCAGAGUCUUUCAAAGAUUGAAGAAAACAAAGUCUUAAUUGACCGGGUUUCUCGGGCUAUUUCGAAGCCAGCUCCCAACCCAGCUGGCAAGAAAGAUCUGGUGCGCAAUGGUUCUUCUGGUAACGAUUCUUUAAUCCCUUCUGUUGUUCACGAAAAAGCAAUGAAAGGAGAAGUUAAAUCGCACGGUGUCACCUUUGCUUCUAAACCUGUCCCUGAGUCGAAAUCGAAAGGCGCCAAGCAAAAACAUGCAACAUACAAGACAACAUAUUUGGAUGAUCCAAAAUUCCCGCUAGGGGUUUUCAAGUUCAAGUACAGAUCUAAAGAGUCGUUACAGCAACUUCUCGUGAUACCACGUACGCCUGAACCGGAAGACGUAAGCGAGGUUCCAGACAUCAAGCCAGUCGAUCUUCAAGGUCUGAGUGCGGACGAACGAAAGGAUGUCGAGGAACAUAUUCGACGAUUGAAGACUUCGAAUGAUCGUGCCGCUCUUCCCGCAUUACGAGUCAAACACGAGCGCGGUGAAGAAGAGAACCAGGGUGGUCUGAACAAGAGGGCAAAAGCAUCUCAACGAGAGAUUGAAGUUGUGGAUUUAAUUGAUGAUUGA